AUGAGAACCACCACCGAUAUAAAAGAUAAAGUGAAGGCAGUUGAGCUCGUCCGCAGUGGAGAAUCUAUUGCUUCGGUAGCAGCAAACUAUCGUGUGAACAGAACAACAGUUGUGAGGUGGACACAAAAUUACGCUGACUUGAAAGCCAGUCUUCAAAAUUUUUCCGGAAAGAAGAGCCGAAGACCUGAAGAUCAUCCCAAUACCUCUGAAGCUUUAUCCCUGUGGUAUUUUUACAUGAGAGACAAGGGAGUUCCUAUGCAGGGAUAUCUUCUUCAGGAAAAAGCUAGACAGUAUCAUCAAAUCUUCAAGGAUGGCCGAGAGAAUUUCUGUGCAAGUGCCGGAUGGCUGGAUCGGUGGAAAAAGAGACUUGGAAUUCGCCAGCUUGCUGUGUGUGGAGAAUCUCUCUCCUCAAGAGAAGAUCAGCUUCCGGAAUUCAUGGAACGAUUCCAAAAUAUAGUCCAGGAAGAAGGAUUGUCGUAUGAGCAGCUGUACAAUGCUGAUGAGACCGGGCUUUACUGGCGGAAGCUGCCGAACAAAACACUUGUAGAGAAAGACAGAAAGUCCGCACCAGGGUUUAAAGUCAGUAAGGAAAGGGUGACAGUACUGGCUUGUGCUAACGCAUCAGGAAGUCACAAGCUUCCAUUGUACGUGAUCGGCAAAUCAGCAAGACCCCGCUGUUUCAGAAACCUGCAAAAUGUGGAAGAAGAACUUGGUGUGAAGUACGGGGGACAGAAUGCCUGCUGGAUGACGAAAGUUUCUUUCUGGGACUGGUUUUUCAACGAUGCUGUUCCCCAAAUAGAAGAACAUCUUGAUAAAUGCGGACUUCCACGAAAGGCAAUUUUGCUUUUAGAUAAUGCCCCAGUUCACCCAGCAGCAGAAGAGCUCGUUUCUGGAGGAAUCAAAGUACUGUAUCUGCCACCCAACUGCACUGCGACGGUUCAACCCAUGGACCAAAACGUGUUGGAGGCUUUAAAAAGAAAAUACAGACGUUCCUUCAUCAGAUUUCUUCUUCGAGAGCUGGAGGACGGAGAUGAUCUCAUGUCAGCAAUCAAGAAAGUUAAUCUUCUUCGAGCGAUCCAUUGGCUCAGAGAUGCAUGGGAUGAAGUCGAAAGAAAAACGAUUGUGAGAAGCUGGAAGAAUUUGCUGGCGGAAACGUUCGCACAAGUUGAUCAGGAAAGUACACUUCAAGGAAAUAAAGCCAGACUCUCCGAUGAAUUCAUUGACUUCUGCCAAUUGAUGGAAUCUUUUCCUGUCUCUAAACAGCUGUCACAAAAAGACAUUCAGGAAUGGUUUAUUGAUCAUAUGGUUUUGACUAAUAAAGAAAUCAUCGAGAUCGUUAGAGAGACAUUCGGAGAUCCUCCAGAAAGUCCAUUCGAAGUUCAGAGAACUGAACAGGUCACAAAUGAAAAUGAGCAGAACAUAUCUUUGGAGAAAGGAGUGAAAAUCCUCGAGAAAGCUCUAAUGUUUGCAAAGCAGGAAAGGCAGUGUGAUCCCCGAAUUUCCAUGCUUCAGGAAAUGAAAAAUGAAACAGUUCUUAAAAUGAUGAAUGUCCAGUAA